CAACUCUGAUCUUUCUCACGUCGCUCCUUUCGUUGCCAACAGCAAGCUCGCUCGGGCAGGUCCUCGCCGUCCUCCACGCCGCCUUCGUUGCGGUCAGCGCCCUUGCAGUUCCUUUCCCUCUUCCCUAUGCUAGUAAUAAUCGCGCAAUGUCAACCACUUCUCCCCGUCUCCUUGCGCUCCUCCUCGCCCUUCAUGUCUCUCCCUCCCUCGCCGGCGUCCCGCUCGUCGACUUCGAGCGCAUGGGCACGGUAGGCCUCGCAGGAGCCUUCGCAGGCUUGAGCGUGUUCGAUGACGCGCCGACGUACGACGAGGACGCCGCUACCCUCCUCUCCCGAUCAUCCGACGACGGCUCCCUCAACCGCCUAGGGUCGACGAACGAGGGCGGCCGAAUAUCCGCGGGGUGCGCGCUGGGAGACACCUUCUACUUUGGCGGCGAGUUCUCGUCGAUAGAGGACGUAUCGGCCUCGAACGUCGCGUCCUACUCCGGCAAUUCCUUCUCCAGCCUCGGCGAUGGAGGACCGGACGGCGCGGUUGACGCGGUCUACUGCGACAAGGAUAAUAACCGUGUCUGGUUUGGAGGGAGCUUCACCAACCCCGGGCGCGGCGUCGCGAUCUGGGACGCGGGAUCAAAUUCCUGGUCGCAGGCUCCCUUCAACGGCCUCACUGGCGCAGACGCACACGUCUACUCCAUCACCACCAACUCCUCCAAGUCCAGCCUGUUCUUCGCAGGGUCAUUCAUCGCGUCCUUCCGCGGGAACGGCUCCUCCACCCCUGGCACGAACAACCCCAACGUACCCUACUCGGCUGGCGCGACACCAUACUCCAGCUCCCUCGUCCCCGUCCCGCUGAACAACGCGGAGGUCGGCGGGUCUCCCUCGACUACCAACUCCGACUACAGUGAUAUCAAUGCGAUUCUCUGCCCGGCGGGCGACGAUGGCGCUGGCAACACUUGGUUGGCAGCGGACGGCAACUCUGCCCUGGUCACCAUCCGAAAAUACUCCUCACUGAGUGCGAGCGGUGUUCGACUGGGGAACACAUUCCUCCAAGGGCGGGGAACUACUGGGUUCAGUGUGACGACUAUCCCGGAUAACACUGUACAGACCUUGCAGUACCUUGACCCAGCGGACAACACGAACAAGACCUGCUCGGACACUUGCCCCCUUUCCACCGACUCGUCUGUCCUGUACCAAGACUUCCUCUUCGCGUCUGGACCCCAGUCUAUCACCGGUGUUCAGAUCACCCUAUCCGAAUGGCAGGGCGCAUCCGCAGGUCUUCACAUCCUACAAAUCCUGUCGUCGGGUGCCUUCGCCUCCGCCGCAGAAGACGAUAACGGCCAGUCAUGCUACGCCCCCGGGUCGUCCAACUCGACCUCUACCGGCAACUGGUACGCAAAGGUUGCGAACACGGAUAUCUCGGGCACUACGCAAACGGUGAUGGUCUCCGACGUUGAUGUCGGCACCUCGUCAUCGAGCGGGCCGUCGUUCACCUGGGAUCUGUACGUCAGCGCGUCGGGCGAGUACAACAUGAAUUUGCUCGUGCCGGGGUGCACGAACUUCCAGAACUGCGAUGCGCGCACGAGCGUAAAGGUCGUGGUGUUCCCCGGGCUGGGAAUGGAUCCGUCGGUUACGACUGUGUCGCAGACGAACACGGACGACAAGCAGGAGCUCAUCUAUAGUGGUCCAAUCGUGCCCAGCACGGAUGACUUCCAUACAACUGUGACGCUUAGCCUUGCCGACUCGCCCGAGGGUAAUGGCGCGAACGGGCAGUACGAGCUCGUUGCGGAUCGCGUGCAGCUCGUGCUCACGAGCGCGAACAUCACCGAUGAUGGCAGUGGCAGCGGCAAUGGUACCGGCAGCAGGGGCACCAAGAGGUCCUUCGGCUUCCUCGAGUGGCCUCUUGAUGACAGCACCACUGGCGAUGCCACGAGCACGCUCGACAACUCGACCGAGACUGCGGCGGAUAACCUUGGCUUCGGCAUCUACAGCGGCGUCGGUGGCGGUUCGGCUCUGACGGGCUCAAGUGAUGAUGCUGUCGUUGCUGUCGCGCAUCAUGCCGACGGGAUCUUCGUCGGUGGCAACUUCACGUUGAGCAGCGGUAAUGCGUCUGGUUCGGCCAACAUUGUCGGGUUCAAGAAUGGCGCGCUCGUGGGUCUGUCGAACAACGGUGUCGACGGCCCUGUUAGGGCGCUUCAGCUCAACGGUGACCAGCUCUACGUUGGUGGUUCGUUCAAGAAGAACAACAACGGAGGCUCCACGCUUAACGGCAUCGCCCUGUACAAUGUCCAGGACGACUCCUGGACCGCACUCGGCGGAGGUGUUGAUGGCACGGUCACCGGGCUAGGCAUCGCGAACGACGAGCUCGUUCUCGUCGGCGACUUCACCAAGCUCUAUCCGACUAGCGGCUCCGAAUCGGCAAUCAAUGCGCCUGGACUCGCUACCUGGGACCUCCAGAAUGGCGGCUGGACGAACAGCGGUGGGCUCGUCGUUGGGUCCAUGACACUUGUUGCCAACGGCACUGAUGACUCCUCGCACAUCUGUGCGGGCAACAUCGCUGCGUUGCAGAAGUACGGCGCGACGGGGAUGGUCAUGCUGAAGAACGGUGACGAGAAUGGCCCGUCAGUGACGCCGUUGGGUGUGCAGCUGUCUGACGAUGGAUCGAGCUCCUCGUCCACCUCCUCCUCAAGCACGACGAAGCGGUACAUCUCGCAGAUCAAGGCGCACAAGAAGGCGUCGUCGUGGCUGUCGAAGAACCCGCUACACCACCUGUUGCGCCGCCAGUCGAGCUCCCUUGACCCGCUGCCGACGCCGCCGACUGCAGCUGCGCCCGCCGUCCUUGCCGGUGUGUUCUGGACGAACUCGUCUUCGUCGAAGGAGGUUGCAAUUAUUGGGGGCAACUUCUCGUUCAGUGAUGGUUCGAGCUCGUCGCAGGCGAUCGCGAUUUACGACCCAGAAUCUACUACCAUCUCCGCGCUGCAAGGUGGCCAGAUCGACGGCACCGUCCGCGCGCUUCUUGUCGAUGGCGACACACUGUACAUCGGAGGCGACUUCACGCUCUCGGACACGGAUAUCAACGGGUUCGCGAUCUACGACCUAGCAGCGCAGUCGUUCCACACCAAGGGGCAGUCGCCGCAGUCUAACUCUGGAUCGAGCGGCAGUGUGCGCUCGAUCACGAAGUCGUCGUCAAAGGAUAACACGAUCAUCGUCGCGGGCUCGUUCGCGAAGAUGGGGUCGUUGACGUGCGCGGGGAUCUGUAUGCUGGACACGGAGUCGAAGCAGUGGAAUGCGCUCGGAAAUGGUAUUCAGGGAGAGGUCGCGUCCGUCGCGUACGGUGGGGACAACCAGGCGGUGUUGAUCGCCGGUGGCUCCAUCGCCGUCGACAACAACGCCGUCAACGUCGCUCAAUUCGUCUUCGAGAACAACACCUGGACUGCGUUGGGCGAUGGUUCCCUCCCUGGCGUCGUAACUGCCGUCGAAGUCAACAACGGUAACUCUAGCAGCGUCUUUGCCGCCGGUGUCGGCUCUGGCUCGUCGACCUUCCUCUACUUCUGGAACGGUGCAUCCUGGUCGUCUGUCGGGUCGAACUUGCAGGACAGCGAGAGCGUGGCGCAGUUGACCAUGGUGCCUCUGCAAGACACGCACGAUGCCAAUGGAGCCAUUGAGCCGGAUCGCAUGCUUAUGGUGUCAGGAUCUCUUGCGCUCGCUGACUACGGGAACACGUCCUCUGCGUUGUUCGAUGGCCAAGCAUUUGUCCCGUAUCUUGUUUCUUCUUCCUCUACUGGGUCUCAAGGCAUUGUUGCCGGCCUAUUCCGCUCGUUAUCGACCUUUGAUUUCACCCAGCACAAAUUCCUCGCUGUCGGUGUUGUCAUCCUCAUUUCUAUCGCUAUCGCUGCCGGUGUUGUCUUCCUUCUCGCCCUGAUCGGCAUCCUCUGGACCUUGUUCUCUCGCCGUGAUGAUAAGGUCCCUGCAUCCGAGAUUGACGAGGACGACGAUGGCGAUUCCAUCCACCAUAGGCCGUCCUCGCUCCUUGAGCACAUCAACGCCGCGACGCGUAACACCAUCAUGGGCGGCGCGACCACCCCGCACAGCCAGUACGACGAGAAAGGCCCGUCGACGCACGGCCACGAUGGCGAGACGGACGAGCAGGAUCCGUUCGCGGCUGGUGGAUACGUGCGUGCAGACACCCCGAGCGAUGCCAUCCACGGGAUGCUCGCGGAGGAGCAGAGCCGUCCCGCGCACGCAAGAUACUCCUUCGAUGGCGCGGGAGAGGGAGAGCUCCAGCUGUCGGCGGGAGCGGAAGUGGAGGUGCUUGAUGAUCGGGAUCCCGCAUGGUGGUAUGCGCGGGACCCGCGCAGUGGACAGGAAGGUGUCGUUCCGGCCGCGUACUUGUACUAGAUUCUCAGCUUCAGGACCCGGUUUUUACCACAGUAGUUUUGCUCCAUGUCGUUUCGUCGUCGUGCUUUCAUCCGUACCCUAUAGUACCUUAUCGCUAGUAUACCCAGUCCCAUGUUCGUUUCUUGCAGCAGUAUGCACUUUGGCCUGUCUGGAGGAACAGACUCUUGUUUGGAGAGGUAGACACGUCUGUAGGAUGUCGGUAAAAAAGUUGCGCACCAUGCGAACAUUGAACUGAGUUGCAUGUCGCUCGUUGUGAGGCAGUGACAGUG